UCCUUGGACAGCCUCAAAUCCUGUCUCAGAAGCUCUGAAGGAGCGCAGUUAAUUCACCGUGUGCUUUUUAACAAUAUCUAAGAUGGUGCGUGAACAAUACACCACGAUCACGGAGGGCACCCAGAUAGAGCGGCCAGAGAACCAGGCUGUCUACAAAAUCGGCAUUUAUGGCUGGAGAAAGCGUUGCCUGUAUUUGUUCGUCCUUCUUUUGCUCAUCAUCCUCCUUGUGAAUUUUGCUCUUACCAUUUGGAUUCUUAGAGUCAUGUGGUUUUCCCCAGUAGGCAUGGGUCACCUGCAUGUUACGGCAGAUGGACUUCGCCUGGAAGGGGAAUCUGAGUUUUUAUUCCCAUUGUAUGUCAAAGAAAUACGCUCGAGAGAGGACUCAUCUCUGCUUCUGCAGUCUACACAGAAUGUGACCAUGAAUGCACGCAACACAGAAGGAGAAGUCACAGGCAGGUUAAAAGUGGGUCCCCAAAUGGUAGAGGUCCAGAGUCAGCAGUUUCAGAUCCACUCCAAGGAUGGCAAACCACUGUUCACUGUGGAUGAAGAGAAAGUCAUGGUUGGUACAGAUAAACUUCGAGUAACUGGGCCUGAAGGGGCUCUUUUUGAACAUUCGGUGGAGACGCCCCUCUUAAGACCCGACCCACUCCAGGACCUCAGACUAGAAUCUCCAACACGGAGUCUCAGCAUGGAUGCCCCAAAAGGCGUUCACAUUCAAGCCCCUGCGGGGAAGAUUGAGGCCCUCACCCAGAUGGACAUCGUUCUUCAGAGCAGUGAUGGGACGCUUGUGCUCAACGCGGAAACUGUGUGUUUGCCCGAGCUGGCUCUGGGGAGCCAUGGGCCUGCAGGCAGCUCCCAGGGGCUCUACGAAGUCUGUGCAUGUCCGGAUGGGAAGCUCUACCUGUCUGUGGCCGGCGUGGGUUCCACGUGCCACGAGCACAGUCACCUCUGCCUCUAAACCAUCAGCAUCGCCCACAGAGCACCUGCCGUGUCUCGGCGCACCCUGCAGUGCAGACCUCGACCUUCCCACCUGGAGCCGCUCGACAACGUUGAGCCGAGUUUGCACGUGGGGGUUUGAAAGGAGCUCAAACGUACCACUGAAAAUGUUCCCGGGAAACUCUGUGAUCUCAGAGUGGACCUUAGACACAGAAGUCCAGGGAUCAGAAGAAGGUGUUGAUCCCACCAGAUGGGCUCAUUGCCAUCAGAACCAUUGUGACUUUCCCUGUCCUGUGUGUGUCGGUCUGUGAUGGGAUGUUGGGCUGCUGUGUGGAAUGGAUGCAUGGAUGUGCGAUGCUCGGCUGGGGACCUCUGACCUCCUGUGAGAGCAGUCUGGGUCCUCCCCAGGUGCCCCAGAGUUCUCUGAGGUUUUCCACUGUGUCACUCAAUCCUGCAGGAGCUGUAUUCAUUUCAACGCAAAGUAUGUCCAGUUUCAGAAGAAAAUCUUCAAGUUUUGAAGGGAUGUUGAGAUUGAUUUGACUUUCAGAAUGUGGUCACGGGAAUAAAUUGUACACAACUGAUCAUGUUUCUUUAUAUAGUCCAUGAGCAAUAAAAAU